UCACAAUGUCGUAUUUCUUGUACUGUGAAUGGCUCAUAGUGCACAAUGUAGGUAAUGGGGAACGAUUCAGACAGUGUAAAUAAGCUUUCGAUUGGUGCAAAUGAGGUCUGGUUUCACGUUGUUUCACGCAAACCGCGGGAGCGCGCACAGUCUGACUUUGGUCCAGAGACGCGAUCGCACGGAGCAGAUCAUAUGUGCGAGUCGGCAUAUAUCAAAAUAUUUUACAACUACAAAGCUUCAGCAUGAUUAUGACCACUAUUUUGUUUUACUAAGAGUUUCAUAUUGAAUCUAGGGGGUAAUCUAUUAGACUGUCAAAUGCGGCUUUACCAAGCUCAACAGCUCUGGCCCGAGCAGAUAUAAACAACGCUAUUGGCUAUUUUAAAAAGGAGGCGGGGCUGCUCAAUAUGUCCCUCUCUCACUUCCUGUUUCAGUUGCAAUUACGUUACCAAAUAGAAUAAUGCUGCGUGAUUCAAGGCACUUCAAGGGACCUUAAAGACUCAGACGGGAAGUAUAAGAAAAACAUAUCCCAGACAGCGAUCAGUACAGACUGUACUGUGUGUCAUGGAGUUGUACUGGCCACUUUCGAGAGCUCAAUCUGAAUCUGAGAGAUUCACAGAGGCAGACACUCUGGUGAUGGGAGAUGUGACAUACGGGGCCUGCUGUGUGGAUGACUUCACUGCCCGCGCUUUGGGAGCUGACUUCAUGGUGCAUUAUGGACACAGUUGUCUCAUCCCCAUAGACUCAACAGAGGGCAUCAAGAUGCUGUACGUGUUUGUGGACAUCCAGAUUGACACUGCCCACUUCCUGGACACACUCAGGUUCAACUUUCCCCUUGGCCACUCGCUCGCCCUCGUCAGCACCAUCCAGUUUGUGGCUGCUUUACAGGCAGCCAGUGCAGAGUUGAAGCCAGAUUACGAGGUGUUGGUACCUCAGUGUCGGCCGCUUUCUCCUGGGGAGAUCCUCGGAUGCACCUCGCCUCGUCUGGAGAAACAUGUCAAUGCCGUCAUUUAUCUUGGAGACGGAAGAUUUCAUUUGGAAUCCAUCAUGAUUGCCAACCCAGAAAUACCGGCCUACAGGUAUGACCCAUACAGUAAAGUGUUUUCUCGAGAGUAUUAUGACCAUGAGGCAAUGCGGGCCACCAGACUGCAGGCCAUAGAGAGCGCCCGCUCAGCCCAGAGAUGGGGCCUCAUCUUAGGCACCCUUGGCCGUCAGGGCAACCCCAAAAUCUUGGAGCACUUAGAGUCUCGAUUGGAGUCUUCAGGCCGUUCAUUCACACGUGUGCUCCUGUCUGAGAUCUUCCCCGGCAAGCUGGAGCUCCUGGCAGACGUGGACGCGUGGGUGCAGAUCGCUUGUCCUCGCCUCUCCAUUGACUGGGGAACGGCUUUCUCCAAACCCUUGCUGUCUCCAUAUGAGGCAGCAGUAGCGCUGCAGCAGGUGGGAUGGCAGGAGGUGUAUCCUAUGGAUUUCUAUUCCAAUCAGAGCCUGGGGGCCUGGACUCCUAAUCAUUCAGACAACCAACCAAAAAGGCCUUCUCGCAAACCUAUACAGGUGGCGGGUUCAGAUGCCGGUCAGCAGGUGAGGAGCUGUGGCCGUGAACAGAGCGCCUCCUGUGGCUGCCAGCCAGAAUAGCACAGCACGGCUAACCACAGAUCACUGUGGACAUCUGCAGGAGACAAGCGAGCCAAUCAGAUCUCACUAUUGACAUCAGCGGUUGACAGGAGACAGUGAGGGAGAGAAAAAUGCAAGUGAGAGAGAAAGAAUAAGUGUGUGUGUGAGAGAAAGACACAAAAAUGUGAGGGUGUGUGUGUGUGUGUGUGUGUGUGUGUGUGUGUGUGUGUGUGUGUGUGUGUGUGUGUGUGUGUGUGUGUGUGUGUGUGUGUUGUGCACUGACAUGUCACUGGUAUGUGUGAGACAGAGAUAAUCCGUUGAAAAAGAAACGCUGACCCUGAAUGCACAAUGUUUCGUCUUGCGGUGAGUGGGUGGUUUUAGUUUAACGUAAUCAUCUUGUCCCUCGCUUAGAAAGGAGCUGCCAGCCACUUUGCAUAAGUGACCUUCAUCCUUUCAAAAUUACAGCGGGAAAUGAGAGCGUGUUCAGAAUUAUUCUUCUGCAGAGGAAGAUAAUACUCAAUCUGAAUUCCAACUCUGACAUUUUUAUUUCCCAUUAUGCCGGGAUGAGAGGUUCUCCAACAGAAAGGAGCUCUUUGAAUGUUUUGUACAGGAUGUGUUUAAGUUACGCACAAAAUAAAAUUAAAUGUUUACCA